AUGCUCACUGCCACGGAAAGUGCCCUUGUGAGCACUACGAGGCAUACCGCCGCAUGCACCUCCCUGCCGGUUCCUGACUCCCAGCUUGACAACUUGGCUGGGUUGGCAUACAACGCCAUCAAUGAAUGUGCCUCGGGCGACAGCAAAUCUUGGAACGACACCGAUAUGGACUUUAUCCUUGAUAUGCCAGAAGUCCCUGGAAUUGACCAAAACGAUUGGCUGGAUGUGUAUUGCCAACCAUUUGAGUAA